AUCAAAAGAUACCUCCCACCUUCGAAUUAUUUGUAUACGUGACUGAAUGAACGAAACCUGCACAAUUUAAAAAAAAGAAUGGAAGCCAAAAUCAUGCACCUAGAUGUAAAAGACGUGAGGUUCCCCACGUCUUUAACAGGUGACGGCUCAGAUGCGAUGCACACUGAUCCCGACUAUUCUUGUGCGUAUGUGAUCUUGACAUCAAGUGACGGAACAUACGGGUAUGGAUUUACCUUUACUAUUGGCAAAGGCACCGAAAUCGUUGUAGCCGCUGUUAAAGCCCUCGCCCCACUGGUUGUUGGAAAGAUUGUACAAUCUAUCUUUGAUGAUUUUUCUAAAUUUUGGAGAGAGCUAACAAGCCAUUCACAAUUAAGAUGGAUCGGUCCAGAAAAAGGUGUGAUACACUUAGCGACUGCGGCAAUUGUAAAUGCUUUGUGGGAUCUGUGGGCCAGGCGAGAAGGGAAACCUCUUUGGAAGCUGCUCGUUGAUAUGAGCCCAAAGCAGUUAGUAUCCACAAUCGAUUUUCGUUAUAUAACUGAUGUCAUAACGAAAGGAGAAGCUAUCGAACUUUUAAAGAAGAAAGAUGCUACUAAAAAAGAGCGAGAAGCUAAAUUGCUACACGAAGGUUAUCCUGCAUAUUGCACUAGUGUUGGUUGGAUCGGUUACAGUGAUGAAAAAAUCAGAGAGCUUUGCAAACAAAAGUUGAAAGAGGGGUUCACAGCAUUCAAGGUUAAAGUAGGACAGAACUUAGAUGAUGACAAGCGAAGGUUAGCUAUAAUUAGGGAGGAAAUAGGAAAAGAUAGCUUAUUAAUGGUUGAUGCGAAUCAAAUCUGGGAUGUAAAGGAAGCCAUAUUUUGGAUGACAGAGCUGAAAGAGUUCAAUCUUUUAUGGAUUGAAGAACCAACUAGUCCUGAUGAUAUUCUAGGUCAUGCAUUCAUCUCAAAGGCGUUGAAACCGUAUGGGAUUGGCGUUGCUUCUGGUGAGCAAUGUCAUAACCGAGUCAUGUUUAAGCAGUUCUUGCAGGCAAGUGCCCUCCAGUUCUGUCAGAUUGAUUCCUGCAGAUUGGGAGGAGUGAAUGAAAUCCUUUCUGUCUAUUUGAUGGCUGCAAAAUUCGGCGUACCUGUAUGUCCCCAUGCCGGAGGAGUUGGGUUGUGUGAACUGGUUCAGCAUUUAGCAGCUUGGGAUUUUAUUUCUGUCAGUGGUUGUCUUCAAAACAGAAUGGUGGAAUACGUGGAACAUCUCCACGAGCACUUUGAAAAUCCUGUGAUUGUUCGCAAAGGCCGCUACUCGAUUCCUUUGCGUCUCGGGUACAGCACAAAAAUGAAAGACAAGACGAUAUCCGAUUACCAAUAUCCAGAUGGAAAUGUCUGGAAGGCAAUUACCAAGAAGGGAACUUUAUGAAGAGGCGGCUUAGAACAUCGUUUGAUGGAGAAAAAUGAGCGGAAGGAUAACUUGCAUUAAUACCUGAACGGAUGAUUGUUUUACGAACUGUGUUCCUUAGUUUGAUUGUCCAUUUAUAUAUUUAUAAAAAGUCAAUUUUGUAAAUCAUUCCAGUGGACAUUGAAAAUACAGUAAACUAAAAAUGA